AUGUCCAGCCAGACAAAGAACGAAGUAAAGGCCAGACUCAGACCUUUUGGCAUUGUGUUUGAGAAAAGUCUCAGUGAUUUGAUCAAAGGAAUCAGAGCUAAUAAAGAUCCAGAGGCACAGGCAAAAUUCUUACAAAAUGCCAUUCAAGAAUGUAGAAAAGAGGUCAGGUCAUCAGACAUGGAAUUGAAAACUAUGGCGGUUUUGAAAUUGGCCUAUUUGGAAAUGUAUGGGUUUGAUAUGUCAUGGGCAAAUUUCCAUGUUUUGGAAGUUAUGAGUUCUUCAAAAUUUCAACAAAAAAGAGUGGGUUAUCUUGCAGCUUUUCAAGGUUUUAGAAAUGAUAAUGAUGUUUUAAUGUUGACUACAAAUCUUUUAAAGAAGGAUUUGAAUUCUUCCAAAAGUGUUGAAGUUGGUGUUGCAUUGAGUGGAAUAUCAUCGAUUGUCACAACUCCAUUAGCUUCUGAUAUAACGGAUGAUGUUAUUAAAAUGUUGAAUCAUUCAAAGCCAUACAUUAGAAAGAAGGCUAUUUUAACAAUGUACAAAGUGUUUUUGAAAUACCCUGAAGCUAUAAGAACUCAUUUACCAAGAAUAUUUGAUAAAUUGGAUGAUGAAGAUAAAUCUGUUGUUACCGCUACUGUUACUGUUAUUUGUGAAUUAUCUAAAAAGACACCAAAAAUACUCGUGAACUUGGCACCUCAAUUAUAUGAGCUCCUAAGCACUUCAAACAAUAAUUGGAUGUUGAUUAGAUUGUUAAAACUGUUUUCCUCAUUGACCACAGUGGAACCUCGUUUGAAAAAUAAAUUGUUGGACCCAGUGUUGGAAUUAAUGACAAAGACAAAGGCAAGUUCUUUGAUUUAUGAAUGUAUUAAUUGUUUGGUCACUGGUGAUAUGAUCUCAGAAGAUGAUCAUCAUAUUGCCAACAUUUGUUUGGAAGAACUGGUUGAAUUUUUCAAGGAAAGAGACCAAAACCUGAAAUAUGUUGGAUUAUUGGCUUUUUUCAAGAUUGGUGAAAUCAACUCAGACUUCAUUAGUUCUUAUAGUGAGCAUAUCUUGAACUUCUUGGUUGAUGAUGACUUGACAAUCAGAGAAAAAGCAUUAGAUAUCGUUGAUGGUAUUGUUGAUGAUGAAAAUUUGUUUGAGAUUGUAAAAUUGUUGAUGAUACAAUUAGUACCACAAGAGGAACAAAAUGAAGAGGAUAAUAAACAUGAAGAUGAACAUGGUGAUUUGAGCGCAUUGCUAAACCCAACAACCACAGCACCUGUUUUAUCUGAUCAAUAUAAGACAAACAUUGUCAAGAAAAUAUUGGAAUUUUCUUCAAAAGAUAAUUAUGCAAAUAUCCCUUCAUUUGAAUGGUAUAUUGCUGUUUUGACUGAUUUAAUUGACCUUUCUGUUACAAACAAUCUACUCACUGGUGGGGUGAUUGGUGAACAAAUUAGGGAUAUUGCAAUCAGAGUUCCAAGUGUUCGUAAACUGGUAGUUUCCACUUCAGUCAAGAUUAUUACAAAUGAAAGCAUAUUAACUAAAUUACCUCAAGUCUUACAACAAGUUAUAUGGGUUGCAGGUGAAUACUCAAAUUUCAUUAAAAAUGGUGAUGAU